AUGACUGGAAGUCCGUCUUUAGCUGAUCCUCAUCAAGGAAGUGGCAUCCUUUCAGGCUAUGAGCCAGAGAACGGAGCAAGUGGUGGCCGAACGGGACAGUGUCCGAACUGUGUGACGGAUGGGAAGGAUGAUUCAUUCGAAACUGCGCAACUUCGUCUAAUUCAACAUCACGACGUGUGGGUCCUCGUAGUCAUGCAAGAAGAAGACUCUGUAUUCCUCCAAACUCCGCACCCAUCAGGUCCAGCUGCUCGCAAUCUCUUCUACUUCUUUAACAUCUUUCUUACUUCUCAGCAUUGA